UGUUCUUGAGGACUUGCUAACAAGGUUUGAACAAAAUGUGGAGGCUGAGGAUCGGAGCUAGGGACGGAGAUGAGACUCACUUGUUCAGCACCAACAACUACACCGGAAGGCAGACUUGGGAGUUUGAUGCCGAUGCAUGCUGUCCAGAGGAACUCGCUGAGGUCAAUGAAGCUCGCCAUAAUUUCUUAAUAAACCGGUCACGUUUCAAGAUCAGUGGUGAUCUCCUUUGGCGAAUGCAGUUUCUAAGGGAAAAGAAGUUCGAGCAGAAGAUUCCGAGAGUGGAGAUAAAAGAUGCGGAAAAUAUAACGUACAAAGACGCGAAGACGGCACUGAGAAGAGGGCUACUCUAUUUCACGGCGUUGCAAGCUGAGGAUGGACAUUGGCCUGCUGAAAACUCUGGCUGCUUGUUCUUCGAAGCUCCCUUUGUCAUAUGCUUGUACGUUACUGGACAUCUGGAGAAAAUCUUGAGUUUGGAACAUUGCAAGGAACUAUUGCGCUACAUGUAUAACCAUCAGAAUGAAGAUGGUGGGUGGGGAAUACACGUAGAAGGCCAAAGUGCUAUGUUCUGCACGGUCAUCAAUUACAUAUGCCUACGGAUUUUGGGAGAAGAGGCAGAUCUUGAUGAUAUCCAAGGAAGUAGUGGUUGUGCAAGGGCUCGUAAGUGGAUCCUUGAUCAAGGUGGUGCUACGUAUACGCCCUUGAUCGGAAAAGCUUGGCUAUCGAUCCUCGGAGUGUAUGAUUGGUCCGGUUGCAAACCCAUACCGCCUGAGCUGUGGAUGCUCCCUUCUUUUUUGCCUUUCAACGGAGGUAUUUUGUGGAUUUAUUUCCGGGAGAUUUUCAUGGCCAUAUCAUACUUGUAUGGUAAGAAGUUUGUAGCUACACCAACACCUCUCAUAUUACAGCUUCGGGAAGAGCUUUAUCCUCAAUCUUAUGAAAAAAUCUUAUGGAGUCAAGCUCGCAAUCUGUGCGCAAAGGAAGAUCUCUACUAUCCACAAUCAUUUUUACAAGAGUUGUUUUGGAAAGGUGUUCAUAUAUUGUCAGAGAACAUCGUGAGUCGAUGGCCUUUCAACAAGCUCAUCAGGGAAAAAGCUCUUCGAAAGACAAUGGAACUCCUUCAUUAUCAAAAUGAAGCCAGUCGAUACAUUACUGGUGGAUGCGUCCCAAAGCCGCUUCAUAUGCUUGCUUGUUGGGUAGAAGACCCAGAUGGUGAUUAUUUUAAGAAACAUCUUGCUCGAAUCCCCGAUUACAUAUGGCUUGGGGAGGAUGGUCUCAAAAUCCAAUCUUUUGGUAGCCAAUUGUGGGAUACAGCACUCUCACUUCAAGCCAUCUUAGCUUCUCAUGAUGUUGAUGACGAUGAUGAUGAUAUUAAAUCAACGCUGAUUAAAGGGUACAGUUACUUGCAAAAAUCUCAGCUUACAAGAGAUCCUCCUGGUGACCAUAAGAAAAUGUUGAAAGAUAUUGGGAAAGGAGGAUGGACAUUUUCGGACCAAGACCAAGGUUGGCCUACUUCGGAUUGUACUUCUGAGAGUUUAGAGUGUUGCCUUAUCUUUGGAAGCAUGCCAUCGGAGUUAAUUGGCGAGAAAAUGGAUGUAGAGAGGAUCUAUGAUGCCGUUAAUUUGCUUCUUUAUUAUCAGAGCGAAAAUGGAGGCGUAGCAGUAUGGGAGGCAGCUCGUGGACGAUCUUGGCUAGAGUGGCUUAGUCCGGUGGAGUUUAUGGAAGACGCAAUGCUCGAGCAUGAGUAUGUAGAAUGUACGGGGUCAGCGAUAGUGGUACUGGCUCGGUUCAUUAAAGAGUAUCCGGAGCACAGAAGGGAAGAGAUUGAAAGGUCUAUCAAGAAUGGUGUCAAAUACAUAGAAAGAUUUCAAAUGCCGGAUGGUUCUUGGUAUGGAAACUGGGGUGUCUGUUUCAUGUAUGGAACCUUUUUCGCUGUAAGAGGUCUAGUGGCUGCAGGCAAGACUUACCAGAACUGUGAGCCAAUUCGUAGAGCGGUUCAGUUCCUUUUAAAGACACAAAACGUUGAAGGCGGUUGGGGUGAGAGUUAUCUGGCUUGCCCCAACAAGAAAUAUACGCCUCUAGAGGGAAACAGGAGCAAUGUGGUGAAUACAGGACAAGCACUGAUGGUUUUGAUUAUGUGUAAUCAGAUGGAGAGAGACCCUUUGCCUAUUCAUCGCGCAGCUAAACUGUUGAUCAACUCCCAGAUGGAUAAUGGCGAUUUCCCGCAAGAGGAAAUAAUGGGAGUGUUCAAGAUGAAUGUGAUGGUCAAUUUUGCAACCUAUAGAAAUAUUUUCACUCUUUGGGCACUCGCAUACUACACAAACGCCCUGCGCCUGCUCCUCUGA